CGUGUUUCUGUCUCGUAGCGGUCCCGGGUCUAAUGUUUACAACUGGCAGCAUCGCUGUAGCUCCACAGCUUCUUCUGCAGACUAAUGAAACCAUCUUUUAUCAUUAAAACAACAUGUUCUCCGAGGUCUAGGAUCUGUGAACACUCACGAGACGCAGGCAGCAGGACUCCCUUCAGCUGCUGACGCUCCAAACAGACAAACCAUGAAGAAGAAGAGCAGACGUUUGAGGUCAGUGGAGGCGUCGUGUCAGACCGGCGGGACGCAGACGACGGCAGACAUCGGCGAGGAGAAGAGGCCGUCUGGGAACAGAGGGAGACCUCGGAAGACUGUCGCCGUAACGACAGAUGGUUUCUAUGGAGACGCCACGGCAACAGACAAGACGGAAAACUCAGACUUCAGCAGCACGACGACCGACGACGCCCAGAAACAUCCAGAGAACAAAUCCAGGACGUCAGGUCGGCUGUCCACCGCCGUCUGUCGGCUCUGUCACGGGAAGUUCUCUCCUCGCAGCCUCCGUCACGCCUUCAUCAAGUGGCCUCAGGACUCCCUGGACGUGGUGGACGAGGAGUCGGACGGCACCGCUCCGUCGCCGCUGAUGUUCUACUCGGACUUCCAGCGACUCGUCGGCGUCCAGCUGGACCGAGACCCUCGACUGUCCGAGUUCAUCUGCAAGAAAUGUCACGCCAAGUUCUACAAGUGCCACAGCAUCCUGGUCCGCUUCCUGCAGAGAGUCAACCUGCCGGCCGUCGGGAAGGAGAAGCUGAAGAACCCGAAGAAUGUAAAAUGUCCAGAGUUCUCAGUGAACCACAGUUCAGCAGCGCCGCCGUCCUUCACCUCCGACCCUCAGGUCCUCCACGGCCUGGUGUCCUGGGCCCACCACCACGGGGAGGCCUGCCGCUCCUGCCCCGACCUGAAGGAGGUGCUGGAGGGCCGGUGCUGGGGCUCGGUGAGGGCCGUGUGGGGCUGUGUGGACGGACACCGCUACGUCAUGGAGGCUCAGUGCAGUCCGGGUUUAACACUGAACCUGAGAGGAACCGGAGACGGAGGAGCUACAGACGAGGAGGAAGAGGAGCAGCCGGGAGGAAACAACAGAACCUCAGCAGGAAGUAGUCUGGUCCAGAACAGUCCAGCUGCCGCCCAGAUCCACAACUCAGAGCUGGACGAGUGGACCAGAACCACAGAAGACUUUGCGGCUCAUGAAGAUCCUUUAUCUCCUGCAGCAGCUCGGCUAGAGGACAGAACAGCUGACAGCGAUCUGUCUGACAGGGUGGUGUCUGAGGAGGAGUUUGAGGAGAACAGGAAAGGAGGACUGUCAGACGAGGAGAUGUUUGAACCGUAUUCAGAUAAAAGAACCCGUCAGCUGAACAUCCCCAACAAGAGAAGACGAAACCCGAAGGCCUCCGAAGAGCCCAAAGUCAGGAAGAAACCAGGACCCAAACCAGGCUGGAAGAACAAGUUCAAACCUAAAGGAGAGGAGCUUCCUAACAUCUACAAGUGUCCGUAUCAGGGCUGUACGGCGGUUUACAGAGCUCCUGACGGUCUGAAGAAACACAUCAAGGAGCAUCAUGAGGAGGUGAGGGAGCGACCGUGUCCUCAUCCCGGCUGCAACAAGGUGUUCAUGAUCGACCGCUACCUGCAGAGACACGUCAAGCUCAUCCACACAGAGGAGAGGAACUACAUCUGUGAUCAGUGCGGUCAAACCUUCAAGCAGAGGAAACAUCUGUCGGUUCACCAGAUGAGACAUUCAGGAGCCAAACCUCUGCAAUGUGAGGUCUGUGGCUUCCAGUGUCGCCAGCGAGCGUCUCUCAAGUACCACAUGACCAAACACAAGGCCGAGGCCGACCUGGAGUUCGAGUGUCUGAUGUGCGGGAAGCGUUUCGAGAAAGCCCACAACCUGAAUGUCCACAUGUCCAUGGUCCACCCUCUGACCCAGGCCGAGGCCCAGAGAGGCGGCAGCCAGCAGCAGCAGCAGCAGCAGCAGCCAUCCUACUCGGACCUCCAGACCAUCACGCUGACCGGGGAGGUGGUCCAGCAGGAGCAGGACAGGUGACGACAGGAGCUCCAGGUGAGCCGCUCAGGUACACCAACCCGGAUCAUUCCGGAUGAAUCCGCUUUAUCUGAGGACUUCUUCUGCAGUGCGACCUGAACGGAUGCAGCUUCUGUGUCUAUGAGCUGAAAAUAACGUUUAGCCGCUCGACUUUUAACCCUCCUGUUGUCCUCAUUUACAGGCAACAAAAAAUAUAGUUUCCUUCUCUGUAUAAAAUCCAAAAAUUCAGCAAAAAAAAUGCAGCAAAUUUCUGAAAAUUUGGAAAACCUUCGGGAAGAAAAUUCCAAUAAUUCCUUAGAAGUUUUAUUUUUAAAAAAUCCCCCAAAUUUCACAAGAAAAUUCUUGUAAUUAUUUUUUUUAAAAAAUGAGUAAAAAUCUUCCAAAAAAAAUCCUAAAAAUAUCUAAAGUGAUUCCAUAUAUAUCAGUAAAACUUCUAAUAUUUUCUUUAAGAACAUUCACAUUAAAAAAAAAUCAACAAAAAUCCAGUGAAUUUCGCUGGAUUUUAGUUGAUUUUUUGGUGAAUGUUCAUAAGAAACAUUCUUAACAUUUCUUUUUUUCCCACCAAAAAAUGUUCAAAGAUUUCCCAAAAAUGUUGAAAAUGUGGACAUCAGAAGUUUCACUGUGAUUUGUUUUUUUCCCCCACAUUUUCAAACUUUAAAACGGAUCAAUUUGACCCGCAGGACGACACGGGGGUUAAACUGCAGCUUGCAUGUGUUUUUAAAGUUGGAAUCCUUAAGAUUUCAGUAAAAAAAUGUCAGAAAUACAGCGAAAAAAUAAAGUUAAAUCUGGAUUUUCUUUACAUACACGAAUGGAAAGUAGAAUUUAAUAAAUAAUCGACCCGUGUUAAAGUUUGAAUAUGUGGAAAGAAAACAUUUUCAAAGUGGAAAUUUUACAUGUUUUGGUGGGAAAAAAAGAAAUCUCAAAUCAACCAAAAUCCUGCAAAUUUUGCUGAUUUUGGUUGAUUUUUAUGUGAAUGUUCUUAAAGAAAAUAUUAGAAGUUUUACAGAUUUAUAUGUAAUCGCUUUAGAUAUUUUUAGGAUUUCUUUGGAAGAUUUACAAGAAUUUUCCUCCCAAAUUUGGUUUGGGAAAGGGAAACUUUUAGGGAAUUAUUGGAAUUUUCUUCCUGAAGGUUUUGCAAAUGUUCAGAAAUUUGGGGAUUUUUUUUUGCUGAAUGUUUGGAUUUUUUUCAGACAAGGAAACCAUAUUUUUUUGGGGUCCGUAGAUGAAGACAACAGGAGGGUUGUUUCCGCAGUAACCAGACCUGUAAAACAAACAACAGAACACAACUGACCGGAUUUACCGAGAAAAAAAGUAGAAUUUGGAAACCACUGGACUGCAGCAGCUGCAGUUGAGAAUUUAACAGAUUAAAUGAGAUGUCGGAUUUAUUUCCAAUCUGUAAAAUGUCACACUUAAAUUAUUUAUUUUGGUAAUGUUUAAAGAAAAAGUUAAUGUGGCUCAAACCAUCUGCAAAACAAAUAAUCUGCGUUGUCAGAAAAACUGAAUAUUGUUUUAUUUUUGGUUCACUGUCUGAACCGUACAAAACAUUACAAAGAAAAAAAACCCAAGGCACUUAAAGUUUACAAAACGUAACACAGAAUGUGGUUUUUUUGACGUCACACUGCAUCACUGUUCAAGUGUGAAUGAUUCAAAAUGACAGAACAUUUGACUCAAAAGUCUGUCCAUGACACGAGAAUGAUGCAAAAUUAUUGCGAAUAUGUUCAGAAUGACACAAAAACUGCCUGAAAUGACUCAAAAUUAGCUCAGAAUUACACCAAAAUGAUCCAAAAUGGCAGAAAUAUUUGUCAUUUGACAUUUUCAGGAUGAAAAAUGCACUUUUUUUGAUCAAUCUGGACAUGCAUCAAGUCAUUUUGAGAUACAGUUGUGCUCAUAAGUUUACAUACCCUGGCCAAAUUUGUGAAAUAUUGUGCUUUAUUUUUUAGCAAACAUGUUUGUUAAUGGAAACAUUUUUCUUUCAUUUAGGGCUGGUGUUCAGACAAAGCUAUUUAUUGUCAUGCAAUUGUAUUUGCUCUGAUCAUUCAUGUUUUCAUUAAAGAAUGGAGCACAUUUUACAAAUUCUGUCAGGGUAUGUAAAGUUGUGAGCACAACUGUACGUUCUUUUGGAGUUUUUCUUUGUCCACCACUGUUCAUUUGCUGCCGUCAUUCAAGUCUGAAUGCUUCAAAAUGACAGAAAGUUUGUCCAAAGUGACUCAAAAAUCUUUCAAUGACUCAAAAAUGGAGAGGAAUUACUGAAAAUAUGUUCAGAAUGACACAAAAACUGUUUAAAAUGAUCCAAAAUGACAGAAAUCUUUGUCAUUUGACAUUUUCAAGAUGAAAAACAAUUUUUUUAAUCAAUCCGGACAUUUAUUUACAUUCAUUUAUUUAUUUAUCAUAUUUUUUUAAACAGUUUUGAAACCAUUUUUAAGUACUUUUAAGUAGUCUGGCAGUUUUUCUUUGUUCUUUUAGACAUUUGGGGCAUAUUUUUUUCAAAUCUGACAUGUUUUUAUAAUUCUGGACACGUUUGAAGUGAUUGUCGACAUUUGUAAAUCAUUCAGGACCGACUUUUAACCAUUUUGGACAAUAUCUGAACAUGAAACCUGAAAUUUUCAGGUUGAAAAUUGAGUUCUGGUAAAAACUGACACCAGAUCAGUUUAAAUCCAUCCAGGAGUCACAGUCUGAAGACAGUUUGUUUGACGUCACGCUGCACCACUGUCCGUUGGUCCUGUUCAGUCGUAGUUCCGUUUAUUCAAGUUUGUCCGACCGUAAAAAGAAAACAAACAGUUAAAGGAAGCACAUGUUUGAAUUCUAAGAUUUAACCACUUUUCACUCAGUCUAAAGCCAAAAAUCUGAAUCAUUUACAUCCGACGGCCUUAAAAGCAGCUGCAAGUAGCCAAAUGUAUGUUUCGGUUGUUAAAUUAAUGAAAUCAAACAUUUUAAAAAAUGAGCUGAAAUGUAUAUUUUUUUUCCCUAAACGUAAGAAAUCCUGCUGCUAUUGUUGGUGAGCGUCUCCGAUUAGCCGACUGAUGGAUUCUUAAAGCAAAAGAACAUUAAAUUAGUGCCCAAAUAUGCAACUAAAUCAGUCAUUUUUCUUCUGUUGCUGCUGUUGAUUAAGAAGUGAAACAAAUGCAAGGUUUGUGCUGCUACUUAAAGCCGAUCAGCUGCUCAGAAAAACCUCUAAAAUGUCCUCUGUUUUGGUUUUUGGCUGCAUUUUUUUCAUGACAAAUGCACUUAUUUUUGUGUUUCACAAUAAAAGCCCCCCUCUUUUUUUAUCAGUGCUUUUAUUGUGAAGCAGCAGGAAGUGUUCUGUUGAUUUACAGAAUAUAAACACAUUUGUUGGAGAUUGUAGAUGAGAAAUCUUUAGGAUUCUAACUUGACGUGGUGCCCGUUAUGGAUGGAUUUAUACUUCCUGUCCACUGUCCGGUACGGUGGCCCACAGAGCUCAAAACACUCUCAGCUUCAUUAAACACAUGAUGAGAAAACAUCUUCACCGGUUUUACAUGAAAAAAAUAUAUCUACUUUUAACAAGUAAAAAUAUGUUAUUUCACAUUUCUGUACUGGUUUAUGGAGCAAAAUAAAGUUACAUGAGGUCAUUUUUCAAGCAAAAUUCUAGGUUUUAGCUUCUCAGAUUUGAGAAAUUGCUGCUUUUUUUUGCCUCACAUUCAGUUAAAUCUGAUAUUUUUGAGGCUUUUUCAUGUUCUCGUUCCAUCUUUGUUACUUAAACGCACCUUGAAGUGGCAAGGAGUUAAAUUACUGUAUUCAACUGUCUGAAAAUUAACUAAAAUAUCUAUUUUUUUUCAUAAUUAGUGUAAAAAUAUCACUGCUGUCAUCCUGCAGCAAUUCAACUAAUGCAAAAGAAAUUUCAAAUGGACUAAAGCUAAUUUUUUCCUACAAAAAAUCUUUAAACUUGGCGGUUUAAAGUUCUCAACUUUGAGAAUUUGCUGCUUUUCUUUGCCUCAGAUUCAUUUAAAUCUGAUACUUUUGAGGCUUUUAGGCUGUUUGGAGGUUUUUUUAUUGUGUCUUCCUUCCUCCUUUUUCACUCCAGUUACAACUUGAGGACGUAAAAAAGCUUCGAAAGGAGCUCAGACUGAAAACAGGUUUGUCCUGUGAAUGUGGCGCCAAUUUAACAUAAAACACACAACUAAACACCGAAAACACCGAAAAUAACAAUCACCAAGUAGAACGGACUGCAACAGAAAUAUUUCAGGACACGUUUGUUCUUUACUGUCCCAAAAUGAGCUAAAUUAUUUUUUGAGAUUUAUUGUUUGGAAAGUUAUUUUUCAAGAAAAACAUCUUUAAAUUUGGUGGCUUAAAGUUCUCAGGUGUGAGAAUUUGACACUUCUUUCUCAGAUUCAGUUAAUCAGAUAUUUCUCAGCUUUUAUUCUGUAAAAUAGAUUUAAUUUUAUCACUUUAUGCUAAACUAAACUGCUCAUAAAUAUCCACGUAUCACGGGGAAUCUCUCAUUUUUGGAACUCCGACGCUACGAUGCGAGAAAAAGACGUCAGCAAAACAGAAAAUAUUCCAAAGCGUGAUCAGCGUUUGUUGUUGAAUUAGUGGAGAUGUUUUCUCUGCAGCGUGUUGGCCUCUCUUGGCUUCCGUACUUUAGACAGUUACAGCCUCAUAAUUUCAUCUCUAACCCUCAUGAAUCUGUCCAGAGCACCGGUAGCUGUGAGGACGUGCAGUUUUCUAGUUUUACGGAGUGUUUUUGUUAAGUUAUUUCAACGUUCUCUCCUCUCUGCACUGUAGCAGUAAAAGGGCUUCAACUGUACAUUUGUGUAAUAAAGUGUGUAUCACGUGUAAAUAAAAUGUUUUGUUUAACUAA